AUGUUCGUCCUGAUUGAUAACAUGGCGCCGAGGGGCCUGUCCGCAAGUGAGAACCUCGCCAAGGGCCCUAAGCAACAGCUCAAGAUGAGGUUCAACGCCCAGCUAAAGAAUAUCGGCACCUUUCAGAAGCUCACCGCCGCCCUUUCCUCCCUCGAAAAGAUUGCCUGGGUGCGCCUCGACAACAAUGUCGCCCGCUUCACCGCCAUCCCCGACGUCGGCUCCCACGUCUGGGCCAGCUUCAACAUGGACGUCAUCUUUGACGACUUCACCAUCUCCUCCAAGGAGCGCGCCCUCAAGUCCGCCCUCAACUCCGUGUCCGCCAGCAUGAAGCUCGCCAAGCGCCGCACCGACGGCGUCCCCAUCCUCGCCAUGACCAUCACCACCCAAACCAACUCCUCCACCUCCGCCGCCGCCGCCGCCGCCAUGCCGCCCCCACCACCGCCCCCGCGCGGGGCCCCAGACAGCUCCUCUGUGCUCGACGACUCCUCGUCCGUGUUCCCCAUCGAGAACCUCGAGACUUCCCUCCGCCGGGAGCGCGAAAAGAUCAUCACCCACGAGAUCCCCGUCCGCGUCCUCUACCCCGAGUCUCUCAAGGCCAUCGCCGACCGCUUUACCCGCCUCACGGCCGCUGCCUCUUCAUCUUCCUCCUCCUCCCGCUCCGGUGCCAAGCUCGAGCUCAGCGCGAAUAUGUUUGGCGGCCUGCGCCUGCGCGUGCGCACCGACGGCGGGACCGUCUCCAGCGAAUGGUCCGGCCUAGUAACCCCCGAGCUCAACCAGGACCAGAUGAGCAUCCCCAUCGAAGAGCACCCUAGCACUCGCUUUCGGGAGGCCGGCCCUGAUCGAUGGGCCACCGUUCGUGUGGAUGGCAAGGACUUGAGCCGCGUCCUCAGCGUCGGGAGGCUUGAGGGUAAAGUUAUUGGAAGCUUCAUUGACGACCAUGCCCUCAUCCUCUAUUGCUACAUCUCCCACUUUGACGAGCACACCAUGGCUGAAGAGUCCGUCAUGACAUACUACGUCCAAUCAUAUGCUCAGUGA